AUGACGGUUUGCGCCCUUUCCCAAGCAAGUCAAUUAACCAGCGAGGAGUCUGGCGUUUUGGGUGAAGAGUUCAGAGUGCUCUAUUUUGGGCUAACCCCUGUCCGGACUCUGGAACUGCACGACUUGGAACGAGAUCCUACUCCACAAGUUUUCGCCGGUCCCGUGGGAGAUGACCUGUUUUACUGGCAGGCGACCAUUUUGGGACCCCCUGAUAGUCCGUACCAGCAGGGAAUGUUCUUCCUCACAAUUCAUUUUCCACCUGAUUAUCCGUUGAAACCUCCAAAGGUGACAUUCGCCACAAAAGUUUAUCAUCCAAAUAUCAAUAGUAAUGGCAGCAUCUGUCUUGAUAUUCUCAGAUCUCAGUGGUCUCCUGCAUUGACCAUUUCCAAAGUCCUUCUGUCAAUCUCCUCAUAUUUGUGUGAUCCAGACCCUGACGAUCAUUUGGUACCUGAGAUUGCGCGGAUCUACAAGACGGACCGGGAGAAGUACAACGAGACUGCCAGGGAGUGGACUCGCAAAUACGCCAUGUGAUCGCCCGUCGAAGCCAAUCACCGACCUCUCAUCUCUUCUCUCGUGUGUAUGACACGAUCAUUCUAAUUCUUAUUUUGUCGCUGUCUAUAAUUUUCGGUGCUUGGAAUAAAUAUUAAAAUUCU